GAUGAGAAGAACCAGAUGAUGACUACAAAUGUCUGGGUUAAGCAAGAAUGGAACGAUUACAAACUCCGCUGGAACCCAGAGGAUUACGAAAAUGUCACCUCCAUACGUAUCCCCUCAGAGAUUAUCUGGAGACCCGACAUUGUCCUCUACAACAAUGCCGACGGUGACUUUGCAGUUACUCACUUCACAAAGGCGCAUCUGUUCUACGAUGGCCAGAUAAAGUGGAUGCCACCAGCCAUUUAUAAGUCUUCAUGCAGCAUAGAUGUCACGUUUUUCCCUUUUGACCAGCAAAGCUGCAAGAUGAAGUUCGGCUCUUGGACCUAUGACCGUGCCAAGAUCGAUCUGAUCAGCAUGGCCAGCGAUGUGGACCAGAUGGACUACUGGGAAAGCGGGGAGUGGGUGAUUGUCAAUGCAGUGGGCAAGUACAAUACAAAAAAGUAUGAGUGCUGCACAGAGAUCUAUGCAGACAUCACUUACUACUUCAUCAUCCGGAGGCUUCCAUUGUUCUACACUAUAAACCUUAUUAUCCCCUGUCUGCUGAUCUCAUGCUUGACUGUGCUGGUGUUCUAUUUGCCUUCCCAGUGUGGCGAGAAGAUUACCUUGUGCAUUUCAGUGCUACUGUCCUUAACAGUGUUCCUCUUGCUGAUAACAGAGAUAAUACCAUCUACAUCUCUGGUCAUACCACUGAUCGGUGAAUACCUGCUGUUCACUAUGGUCUUUGUCACGCUCUCCAUCAUAAUUACCGUCUUUGUGUUGAAUGUACACCACCGAUCCCCACAAACACAUGGCAUGCCUCACUGGGUCCGCAGAGUAUUCCUGGACUUGGUACCUCAGGUCCUCUUCAUGAAGCGUCCACCAGGCACCGCAAAGCAGCACUGCAAGAAGCUUAUUGAGAUGAUGCACCGUCCAACAACGAUAUCUGCCACAGGCAACUCUCAGGCCUUCUGGACAGGCCUAGAGACUGGGUUGAUACAAAUGGCCCAGGCUGAAAAUAUACUCCCAAAGACACAGUCUGACAGCCCAAGUAUCCUUGUCUGCUCACCAUCUCCACCCUCUUCCCCUCUUGGGAAGCACAAUGAAGAAGAUCACCCACUGAAGGCCGACAUUUUCAGCCGAUCCACCUCUGGUCAGUAUUCAGUUCUCUCAGAGAAGCAACCCCUACGCAGACACAACUCAGCGGCCUCGUCUUCUUCCCAAUUGUCAUUGCCCCCAACUUUGCCACUGGGUCCACUUCGCAACCUGUCGAGGGAAGAACCAAGUAGAUUGGCCCCAAAUGGUCGCUCCCACAGCGUAGAGCAAAUAUGCGACCAACAGAAGUCGCUUCCUCAGAAAGCCAGACAUCUGUGUCGCUCCAGCAGCGUCCAGUACUGCUGCCUGCAUGAUGAUGGGGUCUCUGGAAUAAUGGGGCAGUUGAAAAAAACUCCUCCUACAGAUCAGCUAGCAGAAACCCUAACAGCAGAGUCCACAAAAGAUGCAAGUACCCAACAGGAUGCUGUGAUUCCAACAAUUUCUCCAGCUAUGAAACGGGCCAUAGAGGGAGUGCAGUACAUUGCUGAUCAUCUCAGGGCAGAGGAUGCAGACUUUUCAGUCAAGGAGGACUGGAAGUAUGUGGCCAUGGUCAUUGACAGGAUAUUCCUCUGGAUGUUUGUGCUGGUGUGUAUACUGGGAUCUGUGGGACUCUUUCUUCCUCCUUGGCUGGCUGGAAUGAUCUAG